UCCGCUCCGGCAGUUUGAAACCGUCGGUGCCGGUGGCCGGCGCGGCCGGAGCCCGCAGACUUACUUUGUGCAGAAUGUCAUCAGAUGAAGAGAAAAGCACAAGUCCAGUUUUGCCAAAAGACUCUGUUCAGGACAGUUCUGUUUCUUCAAAUCCUCAGGAUGAAUAUGAAGAGCUGUUUCGUUAUACUGUAGUGACUCCGAAGUUUGAACAGUGUGUCUCAAAGUUGCCAGAACCUGCCUCAGAAAAGACACCAGCUGACAAAGAUUCAGACAUAACAGAUGAUGCCAGUCUACAUAAGAUUCCAGUCUCACCAUCAGUGAAGCAAGCCAGUAUGGAGCAGCCAUACAAGAAGCAAGUUCUUCCAGAAGCAACUUCUUUGCAUGGUUCAAGAGAAGUCAGUAGAACCCCAGUGACUGAAUUAGUUGCACCAGAUGAAACGCUCACUCAAAUAGAGAACAUACUUGAUCUCUGGAGUGGAAGCCUUAAGACAAAUAUUCUGACUGAAUUGAAAAAUUGGAAACUUAGUUUGAUUCAACAUCAUAAGUUUCAAAUGAGACAAGAGAAGGAGAAACAUAUCGCGCAUGUGAAACAACUGCAGAAUGAGAUAGAAAACCUGAAGGAGUUACUUCAUACUUACGAAAUCUCUAUUAGCAGGAAAGACGAGGUAAUUACUACCUUGACCAAAUCAUUAGACAAGCAAAAGGAGAGAGUAGCGUUGAUGAGAAAUUUUGCGAUAUGGCGGAUUCAGCAUGUUAAAGCCAAACAAGAGGAAUAUGCAAAUAGAAUAGCAGACAGGCACUUCCAGACAGCUUUGAUGAAGAAAGUGUGGACAGCAUGGCGUUCUCUUACUCAAGCAAAAUGGAAAGAGAAAGUAGCACGAGCCUGUCAGUUAAGGGCAGAAGAUGUCUGUGUUCAGCUCACCAAUGAUUAUGAAGCCAAAAUUGCAGAGUUAGUUGCUAAUUUGGAACAGUCUAAAACUGAGAUUUUGCGACUGCACAAUGACAGAGAUGAGUAUGAAGACACCAUGAAGAAAGCUUUUAUGCGUGGUGUAUGUGCUUUGAAUCUGGAAGCAAUGACUAUGUUUCAGUGCAAGGACAGUAGGCCAGAUCCUGAUACAGGAAGCAGGAGGAGUGAUAAUGCUCCCAGUGGUGCAGGAAGGCCACCUCCUUCACAAUAUAAUCCACCCUCGCCACCACCACCACCUGCACCAGCAGCUGCUCUUCAGGUGGAAGGCAUGUUUGCUAGUCACCUGAGUCAUGCAGCCUGCUCUCAGACCAGACUAGAUUCUGAUUCUCCAGUAAUCGUGACUAGCACAGCAUCAGGACCUGGUGUGACAUCAACUCAAAAACUGCCCAUGGCAAAAGUUAUAACAUCUGCACAACAGAAACCAGCCAGAACAAUCACUGCUCGGAUCACAGGCCGAGUUGAUAUGGGACCAAGGUCCAGAGCUACUGGAAGUUUAGCAGCAAUGGGAAUUCCUCCACCUGUGAGUUCAGUCAUUGUUGAGAAACAUCAUCCAAUCACUCAGCAAACCAUAUCACAAGCCACUGCUGCUAAAUACCCUCGAACUGUGCUUCAUUCUUCCGGCUCUACCACUGUGAGACCUGCAGGACAAGUUGGGCGAGUGCUUCAGGGCCAAACCCAUACCAGUGUUCAGUCAAUAAAAGUUGUUGACUGACUGAAUAUCUUUCUCACCAGUAGGGGUUUUAAUCAAGGUACUUCUUCCCAAUCUUUUCAGAUUUGAUGCAGUAAAGCUCAAAGUACAUAUCAUGUUUUUACCCUUUUCUAAAAGACAAGGAUUUUUUUAAAGCAAAAGUGCUUUUAUAAUAAAUAUCUGGAGAGGAAUAAAGAACUUGAACAGUUGUUCUACCUCCAAACAUUUAUUGUUAAGACUAACGAUUUUUAUUUAAGGAAUCUUUUGCACACUUUUAAUAAACAAUACG